UCUUCUCUCUUUAUUUCAGUAACUCCAUUGCUCUAUGCCAGUAGAAAACAUCAAGACCCAAGCUUUCUCUAUCAUUUAACCACUGUCUGAAACCAGAGCUCAAGCUUUCUCUAUCAUUUAACCUCUGUCUGAAACCAGAGCUCAAACUUUCUCUAUCAUUUAACCGCAGGGCUCAUACCUUAUGCUCCUCUCUUUCUUUCUUUUUUUCUUACAGUUUUAUUCGAAAGGAGUUAGCUUUUCCCACAAACAUGAGACCUCUCUUUUCUCACUUCAUUCUCACCUUUCUUAUCUACUUUGAAGCUGUUGUUGUUGCUUCUUUUUCUUCUUCAAACAAGAGGGAUUCUCAGCUACUGCUCAGCUUCAAAGCUAGUUUGCCUGACCAAUCUAUUCUUCAAAACUGGGUUCCUAACCAAGACCCUUGUAGCUUCAAUGGUGUAACGUGCCGAGGCUCCGAAGUUUCUUCUAUUGAGCUUAGUUACACGUCCUUGAGCACCGAGUUUCACUUUGUUGCUGCCUUUCUUCUAGCUCUGGAAACCUUGGAAUCCCUUUCUUUGUUGAAAGCCAACAUCUCUGGCAACAUUUCCUUCCCUUCUGGAUCCAAGUGCAGCUCCCUGUUAACCACUUUAGAUCUGUCUCAAAACGCCUUGUCCGGUCCACUUUCGACCGUCUCCGCCUUGGGUUCUUGCUCGAACUUGAAGUUUCUCAAUUUAUCAACCAACAGCCUCGUGUCUCCUGGUGAAGAAUCCAGGGGUUUGCAGCUGAGUUUGGAAGUUCUCGAUCUUUCUUUCAACAAGCUCUCUGCUGGAAACGUGGUUCCUAGGAUCCUUCAUGGUGGUUGUAACGAGUUAAAGCACUUGGCCUUGAAAGGAAACAAGGUUACCGGGGAAAUAAACGUCUCGAAUUGCAGGAAGUUGAAGGUUUUGGAUGUUUCUUGGAACAAUUUCUCAAUGGGGACUCCUUCAUUUGGAGGCUGCACAGCUUUGGAACACCUUGAUAUCUCAAAGAAUAAGUUUUCCUUCGACAUUGCCCCUACAAUUUCUUCGUGCGUGAACUUAAAGUUCUUGAAUCUAUCAAGCAACCAGUUCUCCGGUCGGAUUCCGGCUUUGCCAUCUUCCGGAUUGCAGUAUCUUUAUUUGGCGGAUAAUAAAUUUCAAGGACAGGUUCCUUUGUAUGUAACUGAAGCUUGUUCAAGCCUUGUGGAGCUGGAUCUUUCUUCAAACAAUCUUUCUGGUAUGAUUCCUACUGGCUUUGCUUCUUGUUCCUCCUUGGGGUCUUUCGAUUUAUCUACCAACAACUUCACCGGUGGACUCCCCAUUGAGAUAUUCAAGAACAUGAGUUCCUUGACGAAGCUCGGUUUAGCUUUUAAUCGCUUCUCUGGUCCUUUGCCCGAGUCUUUGUCCAGUCUCUUCAACCUGGAGGCUUUAGAUCUCAGUUCCAACAAUUUCUCAGAAUCAAUCCCUGCUUCUCUGUGUGAAAAUCCCAGAAACAGGUUACAAGUUCUUUAUUUGCAGAACAAUAUGUUGACUGGUUCGAUUCCUGCUAGUCUCAAUAAUUGUUCUCAGCUUGUUUCUCUCCAUUUGAGCUUCAAUUACCUCACGGGCACCAUCCCCUCCAGCUUGGGUGCUCUCUCCAAGCUCAAGGAUUUGAGGCUUUGGUUGAACCAGCUCCAUGGAGAAAUCCCCCAAGAGCUGAGUAACAUUCAGACCCUUGAGACUUUGAUUCUUGAUUUCAAUGUGCUGACAGGGACCAUACCUUCUGGUCUAAGCAACUGUACCAAGUUGAACUGGAUUUCAUUGUCUAACAAUAGGUUCACUGGUGAGAUUCCUGCUUGGCUCGGUAAACUUUCGAGCCUUGCGAUCCUCAAGCUCAGUAAUAACUCCUUUUAUGGAAGAAUCCCACCGGAGUUCGGGGAUUGUCAAAGCUUGAUAUGGCUGGAUCUUAAUACCAAUCACUUGACGGGGACUAUCCCUCCGGUGCUGUUCAAACAAUCUGGUAAAAUAGCUGUCAAUUUCAUUGCUGGAAAGAGGUAUAUGUAUAUCAAGAAUGAUGGAAGCAAAGAGUGCCAUGGGUCGGGAAAUUUACUUGAAUUUGCUGGGAUCCGGCAGGAACAGUUGGGUAGAAUUUCCAGCAGGAACCCCUGUAACUUUACCAGAGUUUAUGGAGGCCACACGCAGCCUACCUUCAACAAUAAUGGUUCCAUGAUUUUUCUUGAUCUUUCGUACAAUUUGCUGUCGGGGUCUAUUCCGAAGGAGAUCGGCACAAUGCCGUAUCUGUUUAUCAUGAAUUUGGGCCACAACAAUAUAUCCGGAACCAUCCCACAAGAGAUUGGGAACCUAAAGGGCCUUGGCAUUCUUGAUCUUUCCUACAACAGGUUGGAAGGGUCGAUUCCACAGUCCAUGACUGGCAUCACCUUGCUGAGUGAGAUUAAUCUGUCAAACAACCUUCUCUCUGGCAUGAUCCCGGAAACUGGCCAGAUGGAAACGUUUCCGGCUAGUGAUUUCGAUAAUAAUGCAGGUCUAUGUGGGGUCCCGCUUCGCCCCUGUGAGAAUCCAGCGGCUGCUUCGAGUUCUGAGCAUCGGAAGUCUCAUCGCAGACAAGCUUCUCUUGCUGGGAGUGUGGCAAUGGGAUUGUUGUUCUCUAUUUUCUGCAUCUUUGGUGUGUUCAUAGUUAUUGUAGAGACCAAGAAAAGGAGGAAGAAACAGGAUUCUGCUCUUGAUGUUUAUACGGACAAUCAUUCCCACUCCGGCACCGCGAAUGCCAGCUGGAAUCUAACCAGUGCACAGGAAGCAUUGAGCAUCAACCUGACCACAUUUGAAAAGCCCCUUUGGAAACUCACCUUUGCUGAUCUUCUUGAAGCCACUAAUGGCUUCCAUAACGACAGCCUUAUCGGCUCUGGUGGUUUCGGUGAUGUUUACAAGGCCCAACUGAAAGACGGGAGUGUCGUUGCUAUCAAGAAACUGAUACAUAUCAGUGGACAAGGUGAUCGAGAAUUCACGGCCGAAAUGGAAACCAUUGGGAAGAUCAAGCACCGCAACCUCGUUCCACUCUUGGGUUACUGUAAGGUGGGCGAAGAACGGCUUCUAGUUUACGAGUUCAUGAAGUAUGGCAGCUUAGAGGAUGUUUUACACGGCCAAAAGAAAGCUGGGAUCAAACUGAAUUGGGCAGCAAGGAGAAAGAUAGCCAUUGGAGCUGCAAGAGGGCUGGCAUUUCUUCACCACAGUUGCAUUCCUCAUAUAAUUCACAGGGACAUGAAAUCGAGCAACGUCCUGCUCGAUGAGAACUUGGAAGCCAGAGUUUCUGAUUUCGGGAUGGCAAGGCUUAUGAGUGCAAUGGAUACGCAUUUGAGUGUCAGCACAUUAGCGGGUACUCCUGGUUAUGUUCCUCCUGAAUACUACCAGAGCUUUCGAUGUUCCACGAAGGGCGAUGUUUACAGUUACGGUGUAUUCUUGCUCGAGUUGCUAACGGGUAAAAGGCCUACAGAUUCAUCUGAUUUCGGAGAUAACAACCUUGUGGGGUGGGUGAAACAGCAUGCCAGACUCAAAAUAACUCAUGUCUUCGAUCCAGAGCUGAUGAAAGAAGACCCCAACCUCGAGAUUGAGCUUCUACAACACUUGAAGGUAGCCUGUGCGUGCUUGGACGACCGACAUUUGAGACGACCCACAAUGAUUCAAGUGAUGGCAAUGUUCAAGGAAAUACAAGCUGAGUCUGGACUCGCCUCUCGAUCAACCAUCGCGACGGACGACGGAGGUUUUGACACCGCCGAAAUUGUAGACAUGACCAUAAAAGAAGUCCCUGAAGGUAAGCAGUAGAAGGGAAAAAACCGAAAUUUUCACCAGAAAUUCUUUGCAGAUGGAGAAGAAAGAAGCAGGUGGGGAUUGAUUUCCCACAGAACUUUCCAUCUUCUUUGCUUCAAAAAUCGCAUAAAACUGCGCCUUUGUAUCACUGCCAUUUCAU